CACAGCCUAACUUAAUCGUCUGUCACCCAACACCUGUCAGCCAUCGCGGCGGUAAUCCAAUAAUCUUCACGAUGACGUCCCAACACAUCCUAGCCACGCCGCCCUCCCAAGACGCCAUCCUCAAUUCCCUCCUCGAAAAUGUCCGCGCCUACAACGCGCGCCUGCCGCGUCUCUACGUCGGCCUGCGCGAGUGCAAUCUCGACGCGGAAAUGCCCCUGCUUCUUAACCCGCCUGGCGCACCCCUCGCGUGCAGGGAGCCGCCCGCCGAGUUCGAGGCUGUCAACGCCCACUUUUCAGCCCAAGUGCACGCCUUUUUCAACGCACUGCACGACCUCGAGGACAUGUCAGACAAAAAGUCCUCCGACGAGCUGGACCUCAUCCGCCAAGACGAAGGCCUUCGGCCCGCCAUCCGCAUCGUCAACCAGUCCUUCGACAUCUACCCAGACUGCUUGCACCGCACCUUCCAUACCCGCCGCCUCACCGUCCAGAACCCGGACAGCCUACCUCUCCUCAACCGCGUCACCCAACUGCGCGUCUUCCCCGCCCUGGAUUACGCCUUCGAGCCGGGAAUGAGCUUGGCCCACAUGCGGCCCGUCUGCCCACGCGCGCCCCUCGAACUCGCCGCCCGCCUCCCUCACCUUCGCGAGCUCGACUGCCCCUGGCUAUGGGAGCGCCUUCCCAUUGCGUUCUCAUCCCAGGCGCUGCGCAGAUUUGCCCGCGGCUGGGAAGGUCCUUGGCGCGAUGCCCGCGCCGAGUUCGGGCGGGGUGUGCGCCAUGUCAUGCCCUUGUUGCCAUCCUCCCUCACCAAGGUUCGUCUCUGGUUCUGGAGGCCCAAAUCCUGCGGGGACGAUGGGGCCGACAUGGACCAAGCGGCGCAGAUGCCUGACCUUGUCGGCGCGUCGUCGGCGUCGUCGACCUCUGAGUUUGAAGACAUGGACCCUGUGUCUCUCGGGCUCCGGGGCUUGGGGAGUCGCCUGGAGGAACUAAACAUCCGCGCGCUCAUCACCCCCGAUCUUUUCCAUUCCGGGGGUGAUGGUGCAACAGGUUAUUCCUUAUCAUGGCCACACAUGCGGCACCUCAAAGCAGAAUUCCACCCGUGCGCGCCCGACGGCAGCUGGUACUUUUCCGGCCCGAGAGGCGAAGACCCCCACGCUACAGGUUUCGCUAUCACGAGAGAGGAGCACUAUCCACCCGGCCAGGAAGACGCCGACGAGACACACGCAUUGUGGUCCUGCGAGGAGGACGAGUACACCGGCGACGACGACAUACGCAUCGCCCGCCAACCUGACAUGUUCCGUACGCUCCCCAUCGAGGAGCGUAUCAACCCUUUGCUCUUUGCGUUUGCCUCAUCUCUGCAACGACAAAAGAUGCCAUCCCUUCAAGACGCCGAGCUAUUUACGUGGCUUACGUGGCGGCCCUCCGAGGAGCGGGCUCAAGAGUAUGAGGGGAGUGAUGACACGCCUCCUUCGGCUGAGAAUGAGACCGUUAUGUUCCGAUGGGGGGUGAGAUACGAUGCGCCUAAAGGAGAUGAGAAAGGAAAAGUGACCUGGCAGGUCGGUGAGGACUGGAGGCCGGGGGACGAAAUCAUUAGGGCGUUUGAGGAUCUUGUGGGCGGGGACGGGGAGAACAUGGAUUGGGAAGCGUUUGAGUUUGUGGGAGAGAGGGAGCAGGAUCCGGCGAGCUUCAUCUGAUGAGAUUACAGAAUCAACAGGGCAGGCAGGUAGAACAGACUCACUUUUUUAACGAAGGGCCGAUAAUCGCGCUCACAGCUACUGACAAGCACGAAAGUAAACA